UCUCGCAGACCUGGCGCUCGCUGUGGGUAAAUACACCCCUAUUCUAAAUGAAGUUGAUUCUAGCAGUAAACUUUGACAUCUCUCAUUCUACCAGUAUUUUUUCUAUACCAAUCAGGAUUUUAUAUUAGAGCAACGUCCCAACAUUUAGUAGGAAUUAAGUGCAGUUUCUCACGGUGAACCGGGUUCGUACAGUACUCUACCGUCCACGCUUUCACACCGUACCCCCGAGCCAUGGGUAAACGGGCAACACGGUGCGAUUCUCGGCGGACGAUGUUGGUGAUAUUUACGGUGAUGCUGGUAGCUGGAAGCAGCAAUGGACUCGUGCGACAAAGGAUGCCACAGCCAUCGAAAACAAGCCCACAACCAGAUAUUGAUACAACUGAGGAAACCUUUCCUGAAACUCGAGAUCUGGAUCAGCAGGUGCUGACAUUUCUGAAAGACAACCACUACGCCGGUGCCACCCUCGGUGUGGCUCAUGGUGACCGGGUUGUCUACACACAAGGUUACGGACAAACGGAUGAGGGCGCCCCAAUGAAACCAACCACCCUCCAACCCAUCUCGAGCCUGUCCAAGACCAUCACGGCAGUGGCAGUCCUCAAACUGGUAGAGCUCGGCGACUUGCACUUGUCAGACACAGUGUUCGGCCCGGACGGUAUCCUGACUUCAUUUCAACCUGCAUCUGAUGACGGAAGACGUGUGGAUCCACGUCUCUAUGACAUCACUGUGGAACACUUACUACACCAUACAGCAGGCUGGAGCCAGACUACUUCCCGGCUCUAUGACCCCAUGAUGAACUCUGUGUAUCUUUCAAGAGGUCACGACGUGGUUAACAUUGCCGAUGAGAUGGACUUGAACCGUGACCUUACACCUUCUGACGUCAUCUCUUACAUGAUGAGACAACCACUAAGCCGCGCCCCAGGGAUAAAAUAUGAAUAUUCAAAUUUUGGAUACUGUGUCCUAGGCCGUGUGAUUGAGACAAUCAGCAAGGAUAAAUAUGUCUCAUUUGUUCGGGCACAGGUACUUAAACCACUCGGGAUGUGGAGGACAAGGAUUGGUCCUCAUCGGUUGAUAGAAGCUGGACACAACAACCACGUCCCAGCGGUCAGCUUCACCGAAGGAAACAUCCCUCUAACUGAUGGUGACGGUCUCAAUAGUAACACAAUGUCAUACAAUCUGUUAGAUUCAUCCCUUGGGUGGUGGUCAACCACCUACGAUUUGAUGCGAUUCGUUACAGGUCUAACAUCGGGAAUGGUUCUCAACUCGGACUCUCUCAAACUCCUGACCAAGCAUCCAAACCCACCUGCAUCCGAACACAGAGAUACAUGGCAUGGCAUCGGGGUUCAUGUCAACAACAAUCAGGCUUGGUGGCAGCAGGGGGAUUCUCACGAUAACGAGAUAAUGCUCUUCCACCAGGAAUCUCAAAUUACCAAAUCCAGGUUUGGCAGGAAACACAAAUCGGACUCUCGGAGUUGGAUCGUAAUCCUAAGUGACAAUAACCGCAAGAAUCUGCAGCAGGUAUUCGGUGGAAUGAUGUCUUCAAUGACAGAGUGGCCCAGUGAGAACCUUCUGAUAGAAGACUGCGGGGAGUAUCUCGCCAGAGGAAGCUGGAGACACUACACUCUCAUGAACUCUAAAAUUGGAGAGAAUCAAUUCCCUCUCCUAGUCGAAGCCGUUUCCCGUCUCUACUAUUACCCUGAAUGGAUCAAUGCUUACAAUGUCAAUCACAAAACGUACAUUGCUGCUGUUUUUCAAAGACAAACCAAUGGAAACUUUACAUCACAUAAACUUGCUAACGGUGUGACUAGCACAGAGCUUUACAAGAUCAACCUGGACAACCUUAUAGAAGGCUUCUUUCUCAACUUCGUGACCAGCUACAGUAGCUUCCAUUACAGCGGACAGAUCCGCUUCACAGCUACUUUCAGCAAGACUCCAUCAAACAAUACUUACAGGCUAGGUGGGACAUUAAGAGAGUCUACUGCCUCUCUCAACGCGCAGAACUAUGUUCCUUCAAUUCAAAGUGUCGCUUCACUAGACGGAGUGAGACAUUUCACUUACUCUUUGAACACAGCGAAGGUGAAGUCUUGGACCUCCUAUGAUAACCUUACGAUGGAGGAACUUCAAUUACAAAUCAGGACUAAUGCAAAUAUGGACAGGGUUCUGGAGUACCUAGACUCCUACGUCCAUCUUGGGCAGGUCUUAUUUUCAGCUGUCUUCACUCCGGGGAAGGCGGUCAAGUGGCAAGUACAGACAGAUGUGAGACACAAUGAACUUGCACAGCAAAGCUACAUGUUCAGAGGACUUCGGUUUAGACCCAAAAUUAUUGUCGGUUACGAAUGCAAUGGUCAUCCGUGCUUUGUAUUAAUGUGGAAGAAACACUAAUCUAUGCAAAUUUUGAAGAUAUCAAUCUUUACACUAACCAAUUCACGGUUCAACUCAGAUUUGAAUAAAAUCUUCAAAACCUUUUGAUUGCUUAUAAUUUAUAUUGAACGAAAUUGGAUUUUGUUUUAAACGCUCAUUGUGAGUUAAUUGUUGAAGCAGCCCUCCAUUUUUUUUAUUGUUUACAUAUUUGGAAAAUAUUAGAUUUUAUUUUGAAUAUCAGUCCGAAUAAAAUAUACCUUUAGAUGGAAAAAAACAUCUUAGAGAUAAAUAUUUAUUAAAUGUUGAAAGAGAAUCAAACAAUAACUUAUAAUUUUGUAAAUAGUAUGUGAUAAUUUCAGUUUCCCUGGGACAUGGAGGUGGUUUAAAAGACAGGUGGUGGUAAAACAUACCCUGGUUUAUUUGGGAACGAAUUCAUUUUCUACUUUCCACCGAGAAAAUAAUAUACAUGAGCAUUACACAAAAUCAGUUGUGGUUCCAAUUUGAGAGGAUCAAGAUAAAGGCUUACAGAGAAAUUGUGGGAAAAAUAUAAUUUAUUUUCCAAACUGAAAAUGGAGAAUUGAAGUGUUGAAGAACAAUAAAACUGCCGAAAAAUAACGAAGUAUAUUGAAACGCAUUCUGAACAGCUAAGCUUAGACAAAUCUGAACAUUAAAUGUGAAGAUUACAUUAAUUUGAAGAGAUGGUUUACAAUUUCCCAGUUUGUAUCAGGAGAUGUUAAUUGGUAGCAGCAGGCUUACAGGGUACUCCAUUUUAUCUUGGAUAUAAAUGCACAUGCUCAGUACUAGGCAGACAAUGGGAAAAUACACACAGUGGCUAUUUUUGAAACCACUGCAUAGGAUCUAGCUUAUGCUUCAGUUUAGGCAUCUGCUUCAGGCUCGAGGUUACAUGUUCCAACUUAUAGGCUUCCACUUAUAGGCUCCAGCUUAUAAGCUCCGGCCUAGACUCCAACUUUGGCUCCAGCUUAAACAAAGGCUUAUGCUCCAUCUUCGGCUACAGCUUAGGAGCGUUAAGGCCUUGUCACACGAGGCAACUUUUACAGCCAACUUGGAGGAAACCAACUGCAGUGCAUGCUACAGGACCACUUAGGUAGCACACAAGUCAAACAUUGUCUUACGAUCCACAAGAGAAAUAGGUGAACACUGGAAUGUGAAUGCUUUCUCUUCUUGGAGAAUGCCUGGAACUGGUUGCCUGUAAAUUGCCUCGUGUGACAUGGCCCUUAGACUAAGCCGUGGUUCGCAAAAGGGCCUACAUGUAAACGGCCCAAUUUCAGAGCUGCUCAAAACAGCUUUCUGCUGAGCGAAGAAAAGCAGGAUACUAGUCACAUUGUGUACACAUGACCUGGUAUUUUGGCUGGUUACCUUUAAUACUCUGGUAAGCAUAAUUUGGUUUUGCUUAGCAAACAUUUAAUGCUUAUAAAGCUCUAUGAACGUAGGCCAGGGCCAUCGUUGUACGAUUAUAAAAACAGAAUGUUUCCAUCACGAAGUCACCAGUUAUCACCAAUUUCUGCUACCUCAUUAAACUUGUUCAGUCUCUUUUAAAUGUGUAUACAAAAACAUAAUUGUAAACAUGGUACUGUGAAUGGGUAUGGUUCCCCAAUUUUAUGAAAACCUGUGGUUAGUCUUGGACCAUUUUCAGAGAGCUGCUUAGCACUUUAAAUGGCAAAGCAUGAAACAGCUGUGAUACCAGUGCAAACUCCAUGUCUAUUUACCACUUGCUGCUUGUUUGGGCUAAGCAGAAAAUGUGUAUGUUUUGUUGGCAGAAAAUGUGUUUUGUUUUAUUUGCCAAAAAUUUCUGAUUAAGCAGAUUUAUCAUUAACUACAUGAAUUAAGAUUAAUUUUGAUCCAUCAUGAUCUUUUUGUAAUCAGGUUUAAACUCCAAAAUUCGCUCAGCACAAAAUUAAUUUGCUUAUCGCACUUAUAUAAAGCUACACUUUUAAGCAAAAAAAAUAAAAAAACACAUUUCUGCUGAGCAAAACAAAGCAGGAUACGAGUCAAAGAUGCAAUAUGAUUACGUUGAUUACUUUGGCUUGUUACCAAUUUUGUUUAAAGCAAAUUUGUUGUUGGUGCUAGGCUGAGAGGUGCUUAAGGUAGGUCUGUGAAAUCGGACUGAGGGCUACCAGCUGAAGCGUCAUGUGACAUCUGGUAUUUGACUGGUUGCCAUUAAUUUGUUCUAAACAUUUUGUUGCGCCAUCUUUUCCUAAAAGUGAGAAUCGCUCAAAGAGUGGACACUAUUGGUAAAUGUCACAGAAUAGCCUUCACAGUUGGUGUAUCUGAACAUAAGCAUAAAAUAAAAAA